CGUGCCCUAAAUCACAUUUCCUCCUUCAUUAAAUCAUUUUAAAACGGUUUCUGCAAGAUUUAUUAGACUUUAUUCUAAGUUAAAAAUGGCACCUAAUCCUAAAGUAUUUUUUGAUAUUACUGCUGAUAAUGAACCAGUUGGACGAGUCACCAUGGAACUCAAAGCAGAUGUUGUUCCCAAAACUGCCGAAAACUUUAGAGCUCUAUGCACUGGUGAAAAGGGUUUUGGAUUUAAAGGGUGCACCUUUCAUCGAAUUAUACCAAACUUUAUGUGCCAAGGAGGAGAUUUUACUAAUCACAAUGGCACAGGUGGCAAAUCAAUUUAUGGAACCAAAUUUGAAGAUGAAAAUUUUACCUUAAAACACACAGGACCUGGAAUUUUAUCAAUGGCAAAUUCUGGUCCUAAUACAAAUGGAUCACAAUUUUUUAUAUGCACAGCCAAAACAGAAUGGCUUGAUAAUAAGCAUGUAGUGUUUGGAUCAGUAGUUGAAGGUUAUGAUGUAAUUAAAAAGAUUGAGAAUUUUGGAUCUCAGAGUGGCAAAACUUCUAAAAACAUUGCUAUUGGCAAUUGUGGACAGCUUUAAAUGCAUUUUUAAUAAAGAAAUAUAGUUUAUUAUAUAAAUAUUGUGAUAAUUAUUAUUGUCCUUAUACUAAUUUUUAGCAUGACAAGUUUAGUUUAAUUGUCUUAUACUAAUAUCUAGAAAAUAAAUUAGCAAUUUUUUUAUAUAUAAAAUAUAUUAUUUAUGUCUAAAUCAAUUGUUUUAUAAAAAUAUUAAAUAAAAAAGUCUUUAAUUCCUCAA